CACAAGCGGCAUUGCCGGGUCUUCGGACGCGAGCGUGCACGUGAAACUCAUUGUGCGCGGAAAGAUGGCGUCCCUGUCAGUGUGCCAGCAGUCGUGCGGCGGUUUCAGUUUCGAAAAUUGUAAGAGAAAUGCCCUUUUAGAGUCGGAAUUUUCCAAGCAAGGACACUACCUACCAUCUGCCAGAAAAACUGGUACCACUAUUUGUGGUGUUGUGUACAAGGAUGGCGUUGUCCUUGGUGCUGACACUCGAGCUACUGAAGGAAUGGUGGUUGCAGACAAGAACUGCGCCAAAAUUCACUACAUUUCUCCUAACAUCUAUUGCUGUGGAGCAGGAACUGCUGCUGAUACAGAAAUGACAACACAACUUAUAUCUUCCAACCUAGAACUCCAUUCACUUUCUACUGGUCGCCUUCCUCGAGUUGCUACAGCAAAUAGAAUGCUGAAACAAAUGCUUUUUAGGUAUCAAGGCUAUAUUGGUGCAGCCCUUGUUCUUGGAGGAGUAGAUUGCACCGGACCGCACUUAUACAGCAUCUACCCACAUGGUUCUACCGACAAGCUACCUUAUGUUACAAUGGGUUCUGGAUCUUUAGCAGCAAUGGCAGUUUUUGAGGACCGCUACAAAGAAGACAUGGAGGAAGAGGAAGCCAAACAGUUGGUGCGUGAUGCAAUAGCUGCUGGAAUUUUCAAUGACCUGGGAUCUGGCAGCAAUGUUGAUCUUUGUGUCAUUACAAAAAAUAAGAUUGACUACUUGCGUCCACAUGAUCUGGCUAAUAAAAAGGGUGUCAGAGCUCUUGAAGCCCAUUGGGAAUCUGGCAGUUACAAGUACAAGAGGGGAACAACUGGAGUUGUAACAAAAUCUGUUACACAGUUGGAUCUGGAGGUUAUUGAUGAGGUUGUACAGACAAUGGACACUUCUUAAAUGUAAUGAUAUCUUGUUUAUCUUUUGAAUUAGAAAUAACCUGUAGUUUAUUGAAGUCCUCUGGCCAAUGUUAUUGGGGCAUUGUUUUACAAUUAAAGCCAGUAUGUAAACUCA